AUGGAGAAAAUAAGGGUACCAGAUCAAGUCCCAGAACCCACUGUCCCCAAUGAAGAGCCGUCAUCCUCUCAGCAGCAUGAUGAACCGACGAAGCAAAGACAGUAUCUGUACGGAUGGCGUCUCUACCUUCUCCAAUCGAGUCUCUAUCUCGGACUUAUCCUGAGUAUUAUGGACUCAUCGGCCGUCUCCACGGCCCUUGUCACUAUUGGCGACCAUUUCAAUGACUUUAUGCACAUCCAGAAAUGGGCCACUAUUGCCGCUUUGGCGUUCAUUACAGCAUUUUCAAUAGGCUGCGGUUGCGCGCAGACAAUCCAACAAUUAAUUGCCUUUCGCGCCUUGCAAGGUAUUGGUGGUGCAGGAGGCCCCGUCGUAGGCGGCAUCAUAACAACUCAUUCCACCUGGCGCUGGGUAUUCUGGUUCAACAUCCCCAUCAGCGGCACUAUUCUUCUGCUUCUUCUCCUCUUGUGUCCCAAUAUCAAAUACCAAGGACGCAUUACCUGGAAACAAUUUGAUCUCUUUGGCUGCUUGAUAUAUCUCGCUUCUUGCACACUACUCAUCACCGCAUUACAAGAAGGCGGUAGUGGGUCAAUGAACUGGAACUCGGCUGCGUUCAUCGCCUGUAUGAUUCUCGCCGGGGUGAUAUUUGCCUCUUUUGCGUUGUGGAUUGCCUAUCUUUCCAAGGGGAAACAUUCGACUAUUCCACUGUUCCCGGCUAGAAUUGUUACGCAUCGGAUUAUGUUGUCUACCAUACUAGUAUCAACAUGCGUCGGAUUCGUCUUCUAUUCUAUCCUAAUCCAACUCCCAGAACGCUUUCAAAUCAUGGCCGGCGUAUCCCUUCUAGCUCUCUCAGGGCCGUCAGCAUUCGGCUCCUUUAUCGGCGGCACAGCAUCGGUCAAAAGAAAUAAUACCUUCUACACCCUCCUCGCCGGCUGCAGUUUUAUCAUGCUCGGCACCGGAAUAAUGCACACUAUCAACUCCGGUCAUUCCAUUCCAGUAAAAAUAUACGGUCUCGAGGUUUUGAUGUGUUUUGGAUUUAAAAUGAUUUUCUCCACAACGAUAGUGUUGAUUAAACUUCAUGCUGAUCAGAGAGAUUCCGCAUCCGCACAAGGUCUAAUGUCCCAAGCCCGCCUUCUAGGUGGAAACAUCAGCCUCGCCAUUGCCACCAUUGUCCUGAAUCAAAAUCUCAUCUCUGACCUACGAGGUGUUGUGCCAGCAGACGAGAUUGAUAGUUUACGACAUUCGUUGCUUGCCAUGACAUUACUUACGCCGGAACAGGCGGAGACUGUACGGAGGCCAUUUGCGAAUGCGUUUGUGACGCAGUUGGACAUUAAUAUGGGUAUUACGGGGUUGGCAUUGAUAUGUGUCCUGGGGACGUGGCAGAGACAUCCGACUACGUUCAAGGAGAAGAUAGAAGAGGCUGAGAAUCAGAACGGUGAAGAGGAUACAGAGUCCAGAGGCGUAAACUCUGGCGAAAACAGUAACCAGGUAUAAUCGGUAUUUCUCGGGAGAAUAGACUUCUGAAUGAAGAUACCAUGGCUUAGUUUUGAACCGUAUUCAGCCCCUCCUCAAUAGCCUUAAUCUGCAAAGCCAACAACUUCGAAUAAUACCUACACAGCGCCAGAUUACCACCCAUAUACCAAAACCCCGGAUGUCCACUCGGUCUCCAAAUAGAUCUAAACUCUCCUUCCUUAUCAUAUCCCCAAACAGAACCCAAACGAUCCGCAACGGUGUCACCGAAUAUAUGUCUCGCCUCUGUCCGCAUAUUCUGGUAUCCCGUAGCGAACACGAUUUCAUCAGCCUCCAGGACAGAGCCGUCGGCAAAUUCAAUACCAUGCGGUAAGAUUUGAGUGAUUUCUUGUCCCUGUUUAAUCUUGAUUUUACCGUCAAUAAUUAACUGGCUCGCUCCGACGUCGAUGUAGUAUCCUCCGCCACGCUGGUAAUAUUUCAUAAAGAUGCCGCCGUCGUCGGGACCACGGUCUACUUUGAAUCCGACUUUUUCGAGACCGCUAAUGAUUUCGGCGUCAAUUUGGGUGGCGGCUAUAUCUGUGGCUUUGAUUUGAAUACCCUUGAAAACUUCAGCGGGAAAGCUUUGAAUCCAUAAAUCCGCGUCUUCGGUGGCGGGACCGUCUUCGUCAAAGAGACUUUUGACGUACACUGCGAGGAUGGAAGUAGAUGAGACGACUAGAGUCGAACUGCGUUGUACCAUGGUGAUAUCGUAUCCUUUUUCGUAAAAGUCCUGCGCGAUAUCAUGGCCUGAAUUGCAGCAACCAACGACAACAGCUUUUUUCGGCUUUGCUGAAUCCGUCUGAGAGAACGCACCAGUAAAUUCGGAGCUAUGGCAAAGUCGGUCACCUGCAAAAGAGUCCAUGCCUUUGAUGGUAGGGAAGUUCUUUUUACCCGAAUGGCCAGUUGCCAGAAUAACAUGAUGUGGUUUAAAAGUGCGAGAUUCUUUGCUCCCGUCUUCUUUCUGCCUUUCGACUGUCACAGCCCACUGUUUUGUGCUAUCGUCCCAUGAUGAUGAAGUCAAAUUCGUCUUUGUCCAUACAUUCAAUUCAAGGAACGAUGCAUAUGACUCCAAGAAAUCUGCAAGUUUAUCCUUGGGUGUGAAGAUGGGCCAUGUUGGCGGGAAGGGCAUAUAGGGUAAAUGAUCCAUCCAGACGGGAUCAUGAAGUACGAGAUGUCGAUAUCUGUUUCGCCAAUUGUCGCCAAUAUGGUCCUCGCGGUCGAUGAUGAGAGUUUCAACGCCAAGCAAUUUCAACGAUGCAGCG